AUGAUAACAAACUUACGCUGCAAGGAUAACAGAAAAGAUGAUAGUAUUUCAAUUAGUCCGAGAUCUCAUUUAUUAAAAUUGAGAUACUAUCUAUCGCUAUCGAUAACAUGUAUACUUUUGGUUUCGUUAAUCUGGGAACAAGUUCACUCCACUGACACCUUUAAGAGUUAUUCACAUCAAAAGUUCAUAAUUGAUAACUUUCGACUGGAUAGUCCCAUACAAUUGAAACCAAUUUCUUCAAAGAGUAUUACACAAACAGAAUUUGAAAAUUGGUUGGAUUUACAAUUUGGAAUCUCUAAGGAAAGAUUACUUCAUAAUAUAUUCAGUGAUAAUGGUACCAUGGUGGCAGGUACAUCGAAUGAACAUCCGAAUUAUUAUUUCCAAUGGACUAGAGAUUCAGCAAUUACAAUGAAUACCGUAGUUAAUGAAUUUCGAGACGACAAAACCCUGUUGGGAAUUAUUCUUAACUAUAUUAGUAAUGCUUACAACUUACAAAGAUUAGACAAUCUCUCAGGUAAAUUUACACUCGAGGAUAAAUUCAAGAAUUUAGGUGAGCCAAAAUAUAAUAUCGAUAAUAGUCCAUAUGAUGCUAAUUGGGGGAGGCCCCAAAAUGAUGGGCCUGCAUUAAGAAUAAUUACAAUUGUAAAUUUUCUCAAUACAAUUGAUAAUUCAGUCGAGUUGAAUUUAGCUGAAUUGAUCAAAACUUCAAAACUCACUAACUUACACUUUAAUGACGAAUUCGAUUUAAUAAAUAGGAUCCUAUAUUACGAUUUGAAAUUUUUAAUAUUAAAUUUCAAUCAACCAUGUUUUGACCUUUGGGAAGAAAUCUAUGAUGUCCAUUUUUUCACGGUAAUUACUCAAUUAUAUGCUAUUAAAUUGAGUAUCAAUUUAUUAGAGCACUACCAGACUACAUUCAAGUUUAUCGCCAACAAUGAUGAAGGAUUACUUAAUGAAUUGAAAUCUACUUAUGAUAAUAUUUUUAAAUUGUUGUUUACUAAGGACAAAUACAUUAACUCUUCGAAGAGUUUCAUUGUAGAAUCACCAAAUCAUUUGGAUGAGAGAUCAGGUUUAGAUAUUGCUGUAAUAUUGGGUUCCUUAAUUACACAUCCAAUUGUAAAUAAUGUAAAGGACAUUUUGCCAUUUUUCACACCUUUAGAUUCUGGAAUAUUGAACACUCUACAUGGGCUAGUAAAGACAAUGACAAUUAUGUAUCCAAUUAAUCAUAGUAAGAUUAAUUUGAAUGCUGGCGUAGCAUUAGGAAGAUACCCAGAAGAUAUAUACGAUGGAAUUGGCACUUCGGAGGCAAAUCCAUGGUUUCUAGCCACAUUAACGGCUUCACAGUUGAUAUUGACCUUUAUAAAUGGUGUUAAGAACAGUGAGAAAGAUAUUGUUAUUAAUUAUGAUAAUUAUAAAUUUUGGUCAUUAAUCUUCGAACAAGACGUCGAAAAGAAAUCUUUUGAAUUUAGAAUACCAUACAAUUCUCAAGCAUUCAACCAAACAAUGACACAUUUGUUCCAAUUUAGUGAUUCAUUUAUUGAAGUAGCAAGAGAACAUAUUGAUUCAAGGAAUGGUGAAAUGAGUGAACAGUUUAACAAAUUCACUGGAUUCUUGACGGGUGCUCAAAAUUUGACCUGGUCAUACUCUUCGUUCAUGGAUACUUACAAACUCAGAUCAAUUAUAGCUGAAUUGGUUUAA